CUGCUCACAGGAGGGCUGAAGCUCUCAUGACAGGAGGUUUGCCAGGUGCUGAGAGCCUAGGACCCUUAGUGGCCCUCAGGUCCCACUCUCCUCACCUUCUGAGAACACCAGGCUCCUCCUAAUCACCAUUCUGGGUCUGCUUUUGGCAAAUUAUAGCGUAUGUGGUCCCUGGCUUUUUUCCACCCCCAAAUCAAGCCCUUUCAGGCUCCUGGUCACUUCUAACGGAGGAUUUGAGGCACUGUGGCAACAAGAGGCAGGGCUGGAGGAGGAAGGUCCCUCCUCUCUUGGUUUGGAGGCCUCCUGCUGAAAGGGGUGAGCCCCCUCCUCUCUGACCCUGGAGCCCCUCUGCCACAGGCACACUCGCCUUCUGCUGCUGCUGCCUUUUCUGGGCUCUCUAGGGGAUCAUCUCCAGGUCCCCCUCCUGCCAGGCUCAGGGACAGGGUCAGUGAAGUCAUACUCCCCUCAGCCUAUUUCCCCCAGAACCCCUAACCACUGAUCCCAGACAUCUGACCUGAGUCUUUUGGUACCAGUGCUACUCUGUCCUCCAGUGUGCUCUGAUGCUAGAACAGUCCAGCUCCCAUACCCACUGGUGUGCGGCCUUGGGCCUGCAGCCUGGCCUCCCUGAGCCUGUUCCUUAUCUGGAAAGUGUAGGGAUAACUUCAUCUACCUCACAGGUCUCCUCAGGAUGCAGUGUCAUAUAACUAUCACUGCUCACUCCACCAGCACAUUCCUUCCCUCCCUGGAAACUCAUCCCCACCCUGUGAGGCCUGUACCACAGGAUCAUCACCUUACUCUUUCCAGACGAGGAGACAGAGGCCCAAAGAGGGGCAGCGACUCGCUCAGAGGCCCACAGAGGAGAGGCCUCUCCCCUUCCAGCCACAGGCCCUGUGCCAGCUGCCUUUGCCUCACCCAGCCCCACCACUGACCAGAGUCCCGUGGGCUGGAUUUGGUAGGGUCUGCAGACCUGGUAAGGGCCUUCUGAGCAGGAGAGCGGGUAGAUUAGAGCUAUAUUUUUAGUAGGAUUAUGUGGCACUGUGGGUUGGAUGAAUGUAACUCAAAGAAUCAUACAAAUUAGCCUUUUUAUUAUAAUUCCAUUCAAGCCUCAGAACCUGGAUUCUGAGCCCUGCAACUUCUUUUAAUCUGAGAAAGAGACGGUCUCUUUUAGAGAUGCUUUCUCCUUCAUAUUUACAGCCAAGCACUACUCAAUGCUACUUUUUGCAGAGGAUGGUUUUAACAAGACAAAGAAGAUAGGAUGGUUUUUCUUGACCACAGUGGCUCAGAGCUUUAUCUCCUUUCUCCUACUGGUUUUCAAAACAUUCAUUGUGCUGCUCUGGACGUUCCUACCAGCCCUGGGGUGUCCCCUGCACCAAGGGGAAACUGUCCUGGAGUUUCACUACUCCACUGGGGGCGGGGCGUAGGAGAAGGGGCGGCUCCCGUUGCUAAGGGAAACCCCGCCUCCUCCUCGGAAAGGAAGUGAGGGCGGGGCCAGCGGAGUUCCCUCCCCUCUGCGUUGCCUUGGGGACCAAGUGUGUGCUGUUGCAGUUGGGGCUGGAGGAGCCCGGGCUGACUUGAGUGGUGCUUUCUGCAGGUAGGGGUGCGGCAGGGCCUUGGGAGCAGGGUUUCCCACCACUUGGAAGGGUUUAGAGGGCUUGUCCUGAGACUGCCGCCACCCUCGCUCCUUAGUGGGCUUGGGGGGCUGGCGUGAGAGAAGCCUGCUGGGUUUCUCAGCAUUCAGUGGGUGCCUAAUUAGCGUAACCAAGAGCUGGUUGCUCGCUCCCUCCCUCCCUCCUUCCACUUCCCCCUACCCAGGUGUCCACCGUUGGGAGCAGAGGGGGUCCUUGAACCGCGUUCAGCGCCAGUUUGGGGGUUCAAGGACGAACUGAAAUCCCAGCUGACACCUUGGGUACGUUGACUUUUUCUAGAAGAGCUUGAAGAGCGAAGCACAAAAACAGUAACUGUUAUUCUUCACCCCCUUGAAAUCAAUCUCAGAUUUGCUCCUGGCCCAGCUGGGAGAGCGGGCCUCCACACGGUGUCCAGCCAGAGGCCAAGAUGUCCUCAGUGGGGAAGGUGACCCAGAUUCCCUGUGGGAAAGUCUACCAGCAGAUCUUUGAGGCAGAGGUGCAGCUGGUCUGCUCCCUGGCAGCCACCAGGAAACGGGCUGUGGAGCGGUCCAUGACCCCAAAGGAUGGCAGGAAGCCCUUGAUGAAGAAGACGGAUAUUUAUGAAGGAGAGAUGUUAUCUCCUCGGCAGCGGAAAUGGGUGCACAGCCUACCCAAUGACUGGGUCACCGAAAACCCUGUUCUCUACAGAGAAAAGGAAACAGCCAAGAAGGAAAAAGCACGAGAGAGUGAGAACACCAUUGCUGCCCGAGAAGUGCGGGGCCUCACAGACACCAUCGUUCCCGAGAGGAUCAGCACCGUCACCCUUCAAGGGCGAGGAGACUACAAGAGAAAGGGCUAUGAAAGUGCGCUGGCGAGCUUUAAGAAGGAGAUCGCUCAGAUUGGGAUGGAAAUGGAGCCUCUCAUUUUGGAGCCAGGAGUGCUUUUUUUAAAGAAGCUGGCUAACUCUGAUGAAGACAUCAACUGUCUCUUCAAAAAGGUGGAAAACGACAGCAACCUUGAAGACUACACCAUCCAGACCCUGUUGGAACUGCGGAAUCAGGUGGCCGAGAAGUUCCGGCUCCAGAAGCAGGAGAUUAAGGAGCUGGACGAGACGCUGCACUCUCUUGAGUUCUCCCGGGCAGAUAAACUAAAAAGCGUGUUGAAGAAAUAUGUGGAAAUCAUAGAGAAAACUUCCUACCUCAUGCAGCCCGACGUGUACAGGCUGAUAAAUAAAGAAGCCAUGGUCAUAAACCACGCCCUGCUGGGCAACCGGAGGGCCCUCGCCCAGCUGUUUGUCAACCUGAUGGAGGCUGCGCUGCAGCAGGAGCUCGACAGCCACCGGCGCUGGCAGAGCCUGGUCGAUUCCUGGAAGGCCCUCAAGAAGGAGGACCUGGUGCGGGGUUUCAGUGAGUUCAUGGCCAAUGAGAGGAUCCAGGCUCCUCCAGCUGUGAAGAAGGAACUGGAGAGCAUGCUGAAGAACCAGAGCACCCUGCAGCAGAAGCGGCUGGAACAUCUCUGCACCAUCUGUGACCUCCUGCCCCCCAAUUACAGCAAAGCUCAGCUAAUGGAAUGGCGUUCUUCUCUCAACUCCCUGAAUAAGCACCUCGAUGCCUACCAUGUGGACUGCAUGAUGCAGAUCCGCUUGCAGUACGAGAAGACCUGGCAGGAGUGCCUGGCCCAAGUGCAGAAGUGUAAGCAGCAGCUGCUGGACUGGAAAGCCUUCACAGAGGAGGAGGCCGAGGGCCUGGUGAGCCCGUCCUUCUUCCAGUUGGUGGGAAGUCUCCAGAGCAAGGUGGAGGAGGAGCUGGAGGUCUUGGACAAAUCCUUUGAGGCCGUGGCAAAGCAGGCAGAGUGGCAGAGCUCAAACCUCUUCAGCUACUUCCAGGAGGCUGUGCAGCUGUGGGAGGCACAUCAGGGCAUGCUGUUGAUGCAGGAGCUGGAGCUCGAGAAGAAGAUGGAGCAGCAGAGGCAGAAGCACAGCCAGGAGAACCAGGCCCAGGAGGCUCACCUCGACAAGCUCUUGGACCAACUGAGGCAGCAAAGCAAUGAGGAUACCCUGAAGUUUCACCUGGAAAAGGCCAAAGAUCUUCUGAAGAAUAUGAAAUACAGGUAUGAGAGUUUCCAUGGCCUCCUGAUGAAGGAAGUGAUGGAGUACCCAGCGGUCAUACUGAAGGAACUCAACUCCUACAGCUCCGCCCUCAGCCGACACUUCUGCGUCCGUGAGAUCUUUGAACAGAACUUGGAUGGGGAAGUCUUUUUCCAAUUGAGGGAACCAGAACCACAUGCAAAGGACUUCCAGGAGAGAAUGAGAAAACUGAGGGGGAAACAGAGAGCUAAAGCAGACGGGAGCAAAGGUGAGGAAAGCGUAAGUAGGGGGACGAGUUCCCUGAGGCCAGCAGAAGAGACAGAAGAAGAUCAAGAAACUGAGUCCUCCACAACUCAAGAUGUGGUAGUGAGCCCACAGGAAAAGUCUGUCCUGAGUGAAGAGUUGGAGGAAUCCAGGGAGGACUCUAUUCCAGGAUUAGAAGAAAUGCAGGUUGAAAAAGACAGCUCCUUAAAACCAGCCCUGAGCCAGGAAAAUGUGAUGGUUCAAGAAGAAGGGAAAGAGGAGGAAGAGGAGCAAGAGGAGCAAGAGAAGAAGAAGGAAAAGGUGGAGGAGAGAGAGGAGGAGGAGGUGAAUGAACAGGAAGAGGAGCAAGAGAAGGAGGAGGAGGAGGAGGAAGAAGAGGAGGAAAAGGAAGACUACGAGAGUUCACCUGUGGAUGAGGUCAAAGCCCAGGAAGAGAGUCUACAGGACAUGGAGUCCUUCACAACCUCCAGUGGGAAUACUUACUUUGUCUUCCUACCCCUGGAACAAGAAGACAGUAGCAAGAGACCCCAUUCCAGCCUUUCUGCCAUUCUCUUCAGUGACGCUUCCAGUGCCGAAGCCCUAGAACAAGUGGUCAUUCCGUCCAGACUAGUUUUAGAAAUUAAGAAACAGCUUCGAACUGGCUUCUUUGAACACUUAGAAAAGUGGUUUGACCAAUGUGCUGUCAACACCCGGGUCAUCGUGGCCACCAAGAUUGAUGAGCUGGAUUCAGAACUGGAGCUGCGUUUGCACCUGCACCAGCCAAGAGCCCAGCAGAUUGAAAAGGACAUCCACAACGUCAGAGCAGCUGAGCUCUUGCUUCAUAAAGAGCGACUGGACACCCACUGUGCGGGGGUGAUGGAGAUGCUGAGGAAGGAGAGGGUGAUGUUCUGCCAGUUCCAAGAAGAGCAGAACACGAGGAGGAAAAACUUCCGCCACAAGAUUCGUGACAUGGAGCAUAUCUUCUUGAACGCCACAAAGAGCCAGAAGCUCGUCGCACUCAGCAGCACCCUGCACCAGGAGCUGCUCAGCUACGUUGACGUCAUCCAGUUGUCCCUGCGCAGCUUCCGCCAGUAUCUGGAGGAGAGCCUGGGCAAGCUUCGCUACAGCAACAUUGAGUUUAUCAAGCACUGCAGGUUGUUUUCAGAGGGAGGCAACUUUUCUUCUGAGGAAAUCAAGUCACUGUGUCAUCGACUGGAGAAGGAAGCUGCCCGGAUAGAGUUUGUUGAAAGUUUAAUCAUGAUCAACAUGGAAAAGAUGGAGAGCGAAUACCUGGACCAGGCUAAUGAGGUCAUCAACAAGUUUGAAAGUAAAUUCCACAACCUGACUGUGGACCUUAUUUUCAUAGAGAAAAUCCAGCGGUUGCUGACCAAUCUGCAAGUGAACAUCAAGUGUGAGGUGGCAAAAUCUAACUUGCAAACAGAUGGAUUAAAUUCUUCUCUGGAACAGCUUCAAAGCAAGAUUCAAAUGUGCCGAAUCUCAAAGGGAGAUAAAACAAUGGUAACCACAGAAGACCUCCUUGGCCUUGUUGGAACUUGGAAGGAAAAAUUGAGCCAGCGGAUUCAGUACCUCAACUGCAAGCUGGACCUGGUGUCCGUGACUCAGAUGGUCUUUACUGACAUCUUGACCAACCUAGAGGUAGAGAGUGACAUCCUGGUGUCUUCAGAAGCCCAUGAAGAAGAGGCCAAGGUUGAUGCGGUCAACCCUGAGUCCUUCACCCAGCCAAGCCGCAUGGGGAAGUCCAUGAUUGAGGACCCAGCUGUGGAGGUGGUCAAGAGGCUCCUACAAUUUCCUGACUCAAGAUGUUUAACCCAGCAUUGUGACAAAGAUCGGUCCCAGACAGCCUUGAGGAGACACCGGAACUGGGGAGAAUGCUCCGUGAAGAAGGACGUGUCCAUCGCCAGUGCUGUGUCAGCAGCGAGCGUCUCACGGUACUCCAAGCCCAACCGACUGGACAGAAAGUACCAGGUGCUCGGGGACAAGCCACCUCCUCCGGCUGAGGAUUUUAAAGGCAUCAUCCUGAGCCUCCUCUGGGAGAGCAACGAGCACCUGCUGAACGUCGUGGAGGACUUUUACCGCAAAGAGAAGCGCCCAGUUGCCAGGCCUGACUUCAUGUUCGAUACUUUCGACCAGUGCGCAGAGAACAUUGGCAGGAAGAUCCUGGAGUACCACAGCCAGGCAGAGGAGUACCACAACUCCUGUCUCAUAGAAUUACGGGCCCAGAUGAGAAGAUUUGAGGAGCUGCUGCCCCAGGUGUGUUGGCAGGUGAUGGAGAAUUUCAAGGAGCACCACUGGAAAAAAUGUUGUGCCUCCACCGAAGAGAUCCGGGGACAGUUCCGCAAGUAUCAGGAACAGCUGGAGAAAAGGAAGGAUGAAAAUGCCCAGAAGCUCCAUCCAAAUCUUGGACACCCCGCACAUUUCCAAGAAAUGAAGUCUCUAUGUCAAGUGGAAGAGAAAAGGCAGAAAGAGUUGGAUGCUUUGACUGCGGCAACCAAGGAGAAGCUGGAGGAAUUCACCAGGAGGUACGGCCGACUUUUCAUAGCCAGCUUGGCCACCUUCACCGAGAAGUUCCUGCUGCAGCUGGAUGAGGUGGUCACCAUUGACGAUGUCAAGGUUGCAAAGAUGGAGCCCCCCAAACAGAAAACAUCGAUCCUAAUACGGAGGAAGCUCGCUGGGCUCUCCCUGGAGGAAAAGAGUGAGAAGCCCCUGAUUGAACGGGGGAGCAGGAAAUGGCCGGGAAUCAAACCCACUGAAGUCACUAUCCAAAACAAGAUUCUCCUCAAGAAAACAUCAUCGAUCACGACCACCAAAACCACGCUGGGCCACCUGGCGUCCGUGGAAGCCCGAGAUGCUGUCUACCUGAAAUAUUUAGCAUUAUUUGAAGAGGAGCUGAAGAAGAUCGAAGAUGACAACACAUUGCAGGUGAGGGAGGCUCAGUGUUGGAAGGACAGCUGGAAGCGCUCCGUGCGCACCGUCCAUGGCCUGUACUUGUGACACCCUCAACCCUCCCCAAAUAAAGGCUUAUUUUGUGUGGA